CAGAAUGAUAUAACCGACUUAUGUCACACACUCACGCGUUAUCUUAGUCUUCGUACCGACCGUAAGAGAUCGCGCACUCCACGUAGAAGCAUUUCUCGUAAGCGAUCUGUCUCUAGACCACGAGAGACAGAUAACCCCGAUUGGUGCUGGUAUCAUAACCAGUAUGGAAAGUUUUCCAGAAAUUGCAGAAAACCCUGCAAUUUUCCCAACACGAAACCGACUGACUCGAAAGACAACUGGGGAAACUUCCAAGCCGGCACGCGUUAACGGCAACCGUAGCCGGCGAACAAAGCCGUCUGUUAUUCGUCACAGAUGUGACAACGAGAGUUCGCUACCUCGUCGACACUGGCGCAGAAGUUAGCGUUCUCCCAGCAAAUCCUAACGACAGGCUUCACGAAUCGACCUUAAACUUACAGGCGGCAAACGGAAAACCGAUCGCUACGUAUGGCAAAAGGUACGUUUACCUUAACGUGGGUUUACGCAAACCCACUCACUGGAUCUUCGUUGUUGCUGAUAUUUCUAUGCCAAUCAUUGGUAUGGAUCUUCUACAACACCAUAAUCUGAUCAUCGACACGCGCAAACGGAGGCUAGUAGACGGAAACACUAAUUUGUCCGUUUGCGUAACUUCCUUUUCUGGUUGCAGAUUAUCCCCAGUCACAGUUAAGCAUAUGAUCGAACCACUCCAUCAACCACCACUCGAUAAGUACCCUGGGAUACAACAAACUCAACCGGAACUACCGUGUGUAACCAGCAAUGUUACACAUCACAUCACGACUACAGGACCACCUGUAUUCUCUAAAGCACGACGACUAGCUCCUGAAAAGCUAAGGUUAGCGAAAAACGAAUUCGACCAUAUGAUAGACUUAGGAAUCAUACGACCGUCAAGUAGCCCAUAUGCAUCUCCGUUGCACAUGGUCCCUAAAAAGGACAGCAACGAUUGGCGUCCAACUGGUGACUAUCGGCGAUUGAACGCGAAAACCAUUCCCGAUCGUUACCCGUUGCCUCACAUUCACGAUUUGACAGCUACCUUGAAAGGUACAACUGUCUUUUCGAAAAUCGACUUGGUUAAAGCGUAUAACCAAAUCCCUAUGGCUACUGACGACAUACCGAAAACAGCUAUCAUAACUCCUUUCGGACUCUAUGAAUUUUUGCGAAUGCCUUUCGGUCUAAGAAAUGCUGCUCAAACAUUCCAAAGAUUCAUAGACGACGUUUUUCGAGGUCUCAACUUCGUACACGCGUAUGUUGACGACUGUCUAAUCGCAAGUCCGGACAGAGAAACACAUCUCAAGCAUCUGGAUCUU